AUGCGGAACAUCAACGGGACGAUGGAUCCCAUAGUCAUCAUCUGCGGUCCAAGGUCAUUUGAUCCUUUACGUCCGGAUUCCGUGGUUUCCCUGGUCGCAGCUGGAGUCCAGCUAAUUACCUUUCUCCUCCUCCUAUUCCUCACACAAGAACGAAAGAGUUUUCCAGGAAAAAUUCGCCUUCUCUAUGUCGGUAUUACUUGCCGUCCACGCACUUACCUCCGCAUUCUUCUGGCUGAACGUGAUGAGCUUCGAUCUAUGGUGGACCCUCAGGUGAUGAGUGAUGGGCUUGGGCUAUACAUCAAGUUGUUUUUCCUGAUGGGGCUGACGUGGCUGGUGGUGCUUUUCGGCUACAUUUUCAUGAAAACGAAGGUGUUUUUACUCAUCGCAACUAUCCUCGAGUCCGUUCAAGGAGUCUUCAUCUUCUUCAUCGUGUGCAAGAAGGAUACCAUGCAGUACAUGAGGAGGACGUCUCAGGAAUGGUUCUCAAGGUUUCGCCAAAGGGCCGAGAGCUCCUCCUCGACUGGAGGCACAGUUGAGAGUCAGAGCACUCAGCCGUUUGGACUAUACAUCAAGUUGUUUGUACUAAUGGGGCUGACGUGGCUAGUCGGACUAUGCAGUUAUUUCAUGGAAGAAGAGGUGUUUUCCUAUGUCGAAGUCAUCCUCCAGUCCUCCCAAGGAGCCUUCAUCUUCCUCAUCUUCAUGUGCAAGGAUACCAUGCCGCUAGUGAAGAAGACAUCUCAGAACUGA